AUGAGCUUUGGGGCUGAAUUCUUUAUCGAUGAUCUUUUGCACACUCAAGAAUCCAGGUAUUUCAUCUUUUCUUUAUCUUAAAAGUGAUGUUUGAACUCUUUAAAGAUGAUUAAUAUUUAGAUUUUGCACAUUUACCAAUGCAAAGAUACACGCAACUACUUUUAAUGUUAACGGGAAGUCUCCACCAGAUUAUCUGGGCAAUUGGCUGACGUUUGACUCUGAGAAUCUACCGCAUUUUCUUGUCAUUGGGUAAUAUUAUUUUCCUUUAUGAUUUAUACCUAUCUUUGAUAAUAGUCGUUAAACUUUACUUUUUUAGUUUACAAGAGAUGGACUUGGCUCUGGGAACUUAUGUUACAGAUAAUGCUAGUCGCCAGCACGAGUGGUUGUACGUAUUGCAGAGGAAUAUUCCGAAUACCUACGUUCAGGUAUGUUUAGGUAACAAAUUUGGAUUUAUGAUUUUAGAUAGACUGUGUGAGGUUAAUCGGAAUCUUUAUUGUGGCGUAUCAACUACAACCAUCUCAGUUUGCGGUAUCAGAAGUUCAAAGUGGAAUAGUGCCAACCGGCUUCUUAAAGUUUGGGAAUAAAGGUGGAGUUGGGAUAAGUAUGAAGAUAAACGAUUCUUAUUAUUGUUUCAUUAACUCACAUUUGGCUGCGGGAGGUGGAGAACUUAGCAGGAGGAACCAGGUAUCUUUUUAUUAUUUUUAGUUGAUGUUUAGGUAACAAUUCACACUAAAUUCGUUUUGAAUGAUGAACAACACUAUAGUUGUCUUUGUAGGAUUUUCGAGAUAUCUCACAGAUGAAGUUUGCUGACGGAAAGGGAAUCUAUGAUCAUGACGCCGUCAUAUGGCUCGGUGACUUGAACUACCGUCUCAACUCGAGUUUUUCCUAUGAGGAGGUGGUUCACAAAUGCAACUCUAACAAUUUUAUUGGUUUAUUUCAUCAUGAUCAAGUGAGUAGUCAUGAUUAUUUUAAAAAACAUUUUUAAUAAUCCUGAAAAUCACAUGAUUAAUAUCUCAUCGAAACCUUGUUUUGUAGCUGAAAGAGCAGCAAAGAGUGAAGACAGCGUUCAAUGCUUUCCACGAAGAGACUCCUUCAUUCCGACCUACCUACAAGUUUGAUGUAGGUACUUCUACUUGGGAUACGAGUGAAAAAAGACGGGUACCCGCAUGGUGUGACAGAGUGUUAUAUUGGACAAAGGACAAGACUGUGAAGCUAAAACAAGUCACGUACGAGAGUCGAGAAGCCGUUGUCUUCAGCGAUCACAAGCCGGUUUGUUCUAACUUCCAGGCCGAGAUCAAGAAGGUGGACAAGAAGAAGAGAAACUUGGUGUACGAUGAGCUACUACGAGAAACAGACAGAAAAACUAAUGAUCUGCUUCCAUCAAUCCAAGUUUCUUCUACUGAGGUACGUUUUGUCACCUAAUACAGUUUACUUUUGUUGUCGCUAUUGGUAACUUAUGUAACUUACAACCAUGACUUUAGGUAUCAUUUGGGCAAGUCUACUUCAGGCAGCCGUCUGUCAAAGUGCUUACUAUCAAGAACACUGGAAUCACAGCUACUCGAUUUGCUUUUGCUAACAAACAUCAAAGUUCCGAUCUUCCGGAGAACUGGCUGACACUAACUCCUAAGAGCUCAUUUAUUGAUGUUGAUGACGAAGUGGAGGUAACACUACAAGUUGUGGUAGACAACGAAGAAGCCUGGAAGAUUGACAAACGGACAGAACUCAACUGUAUAUUGGUGAUACGAUUAGACAAGGGCAGGGACUACUUUUUGGUGGUCAAUGCUGUAUACGAACCGUCUUGUUUUGGCGUAGCCCUGGAAUCUCUUUUGGGUAAAGGAAUUCAGAAGAAGGAAGAAUUGCUCAUCGACUUUGUGAGUUUUAAAAUCAAAUUUGGAUUUUUAGUUUAAAGAAAUGUUUAUAUGUAAUAAAAUACAUGUGUUUUCAGAGCGAUGAUACUCAGAACACUGGUAAACCUAAAAACAUACCACCGCCUAUAUUAUACAUGGUGCAAGCGCUUAGGAAAGUUGGUUUGAAUCGAAUAAGAUACGACGAGACAUUCUCUGACGAUGCUUUCUUUAUAAUCAGAGAUGUCAUGGAGAAGGAACAAUAUCAUAGUUUAGGUAAAACAAUUUUUUUACUGUAAUUUUUACUUCUUUUUUCUUAAUAACUGACAUUUACUAAUUACUUUAGGCGAAAUAGCUCAAUCUCACCCUUCAACUUUGUAUUCUACCUUACACGUGUUUCUACGAUCUCUACGGAGCUCACUACUAACGUCGAUUCCUUUGGUCGGCAACGUUCCUGAAGUCGACAGCUUCUACAAAUACGUAGCUUCGAUUACACCGCCGAGCAAGGAAGUGUUCAACUUCUUGGUCAUAUUCUUCAGAGAACUCAACGCGGUUAACAAAUUGUCAUUAAGUAGGUGUUGUACAACCAUGUGUGUGUUACUUGUCUUUAACAAUGUUUUACUGACUUGAUUAUUGCAUUUCAGGUCAAAUGGAGAUAAUCGUUGGUUCAAUAUUCAGGAAGGUACCAAAAGGACAAGACAUGAACGCUCUACGGUUUGUCAAAUGGUGCAUCACUUUAGACCCGAAUCUUUAA